AUGAUCCUUCCCCCGUCCAUAGCCCACAAACUUCUCGGCCCUCACCAGUUGAUUGGAUUUUGCACUAGCAGCAUCCAGACAACACAUUGUGAGCCGAGAAAGGGACGCCAGGCUACAACUAAGCAUCUCAUCAUCUCGUGGCCCUACUGCGGUACUAAACCCGCGGCUGAUCCCCAACGGAAGCCAUCCCCGCCACCGUCUGAUAGUGCCCGUCCUGCUGGGAGAGCCACAGCCGCCGUAAAUUCGGGUCAAACAUUGCUUGAUGCAAAGGACUCUACGCUACCUUGCCAAAAUAGUGACUCGAGUGAGGCUCUCUACGGAUACUCUGUACUCUGCAAUAAAGUUGCCUCAAAGCUGAAGCGUACUUUGUGUACAGACUUUGGUAACCGUAACGUUUCCCGUGCGUGUUCCGGCCUCGGGGUUGAUAACUCUAACCGCCUGCUCUGCUCUGUUUUGGUUUCCGAAAAGACGGUGAGCGGCGCGGAAUGCGGGCUAGCCUUGAGCGACGAAACAACUGGCUUCCCUCAAGCUGGCUGCUGCAAUGCGACUCCGACUUGCACUGGACUGACUGAUGCGUUUCAAAAGGCAAAGGCAGACCACAAAGUCUGGUCUAUCUCUAUCAGGCCACGUCGGACGGCACAGAGACCAAGUGAGAUCAAUGGUGAUCCAAUUCUGCCCAUUCCGGGGCCAUCAUCAAGCACGGUGGGUUCCACCGCCUUUUUAAACAUCCUCCCCAAUAUGCAACUCCCGUUUCCAACCAACAACGGCUGGGCAACCAUGACUUCUUGCAGCCUGCAGAAUGCAGAAUGCAGACUACGGCGCCUGAAGAUGCAAUCAUGCACCCUCGGCCAAUUCCCUCUUCACCUGCAUUACCUAUCGCCCGCCGGCCUCGCUCCGUUCCCUCUCCAGAAACAGGAAUCCGCUACCUUAGGAGGAUCUCUUAUCAGCCUUUUAUGCUCUGUAUCGAGUUGGAACUUUGCCAUGGCACAGACAGCUGGAGCUUCAGAGCUUUGGAACGCAACUGACGAUGCGUUACGGCCCGCAGACGACGACGCCCAGACCGGUCUCAAAGCUCUUCGCGCUCUGCCCAGCAUAUCCACAAACCCCAUGGGUCUGAUAUCUCGCCCUCCCCAUAUCUUCAUCCCAUCUUCACUCCUCGUCGGGCCUAGACCCAGCUUCCACCAGGCUACGCCGAGAGGUUGGUUCCCCGUCUCUCUCGGCCACUCUCUCUAUUACGCCGUAGUGCUCAUGGCUGCACUAUCCGACGCUCUCUAA